UCAGGCUCUCUCAAUACGCUCUGCAACUGUGUGCUUUACUUUAAGCAGAUAUAGUGUGUCCUGUUAACCAAAAGUGCUAUACGCAUGACAGUAAAAUAACGUAUUGUAAAAGUUCAGCUUUAAUUAGUAUUGAAGAAAUAAAAGUAUUAUCCAUGGACAAUGAAAGAAAUUCUGAACUAAAGGUACCGUAUAUACGGACUAUUCAGAUAUAUCAUAAAGAAAAAAAUGUUUUGAAAGUGCCUUUGUUGGAUCCAUGGGAAUAUGAACACGUGUAAAAUAAAUUAUAAAGGCAUGGAUCUGACGAUUCUCUUUUGGCCAUUUGAAUAAUGUGUGGACUUUGAUAGGAGCGCCGGAAGACUUUGUCCAUUUAAACUCAGCAGUGAAUAUUAGAACCUCGUUGAUUUGCCUCCAGAAACUAUUUCCUGCAAACAGUAAAACUGAACAGCUAACGUCGUAGACAUGGCUGAAACUAAUAGCAGCAAUUUUGCUGCAGUGUACACGGUAACUGAAGAAUACAUAUCCAGAAACAUUAAUUACCCUCACACGUUCAACUAUGAAACAGACUAUGAGAUCCCACCCGAUGAAAUGCCGGAUAUGACCCAGGGCAUGGCCUUUUUUGCCGCCACAAUCGUCAUUGGUGUGGUUUUGAUAUGCAUCAUGUUGGUUUGUGGCAUCGGCAACUUUCUGUUCAUCGCGACCCUGGCUAGAUACAAAAAACUGAGAAAUUUGACCAACCUGCUCAUUGCUAACCUGGCCAUUUCAGAUUUCAUUGUGGCAAUUGUGUGCUGUCCUUUUCUUGUGGAUUACUAUGUUGUGAAGCAGCUCUCCUGGGAACACGGACUAAUGCUGUGCGCCUCAGUCAAUUACCUCAGAACGGUGUCUUUGUACGUUUCCACCAAUGCCCUCCUGGCCAUAGCAGUGGACAGAUAUAUGGCAAUUGUUCACCCUCUGAGACCUCGUAUGAAGUAUCAGACAGCUUAUUGCCUCAUCACUGGGGUCUGGAUUGUACCCAUUCUCAUCUCUAUACCUUCUGCUUAUUUUGCAACCGAGACCAUGUAUCCACAUGGUUUGACUCAGAGCAAAAUCUUCUGCGCUCAGAUCUGGCCGGUUGAUCAAGAGAUUUACUACCGCUCCUACUUCCUCUUCAUUUUCGGUGUGGAGUUCGUUGGCCCUGUAGUGACCAUGGCCAUGUGCUAUGCCAGGAUUUCCUGUGAGCUGUGGUUCAAAAGUGUCCCUGGAUUUCAAACAGAGCAGGUAAGGAAGAGGCUUCGAUGCCGGAGGAAAACCGUCGUGGUGCUCAUCGCCAUCCUGACCGCUUACAUUCUCUGCUGGGCUCCGUAUCACGGUUUCACCAUCCUGCGGGACUUUUUCCCAACAGUGUACUCAAGAGGCAAGAACUCCCUGACAGCCUACUACAUCAUUGAGUGCAUUGCCAUGAGCAACAGCAUGAUCAACACCUUCUGCUUUGUGAGCAUGAAGAAUAAUACUGUGAAGUAUUUCAGGAAGAUCGUACUUUUGAGGUGGCGCUCCACUUAUGCUUCAAACAAAACCGUUGACGAGCUAGACAUGCAAACAUCAACGAUGCCCGUCACAGAGGAAAUAGACUGCAUACGUCUGAAAUGAAGUAUCAGAAGUCCGCAGCUGUGACUGUAGGAGCCAGUUAUUGAUUUUUGAGCUGGGUACUUUGCUGUGAACAACAAGGGCCACGUUAUCAUGGCAGAAUCGUCAAGAGGUUAAAUCCAUAAUUAAAUAAUUUAAUUCCAUCUGUGACAGAUGUGUUUUGGUGCGACUACAUUGAGUUUGCUCUGUAGCACAAAGUUUUACCUUGCUCAGUUGUGGUUGCUUCAAAGCUCUGUGUGCCAGCUGAACGUAAAAGCAUUUAAAUGUCGGUCCCUCCAUUUACCAUAGUCUUGUCUACCUACAAGUGUACAGACAACUGAAGUCUCAAGUACUGUGGUAAAGAUAUUAACAGCACAUUAUUAUUUGUGUUCCAAUUUGAUAUUUAAAGAAAUAGACAUUAUUUGUACAAAGGAGUUUGUUGUAUUUUUCAGUAAAAGCAGAAAUAAAAUGAGUAUUGUUGUGCAGUGCAAAAGUGUCUCUUUCUCAGCUCAAACAAUACCUUGAUGUUCAGGUAUAUUGAUUAUUGCAUGGCUUUUGAAUUCUGAGUGUUUAAGUUAUCACUUAUUUUUAUUUUGGUGUGUGCUACAAAGAUUGCCUUCUGUGUCCUUGCUCAUCCAAUUUAUUGUUUCUUAUUUCACAUUCUUUUUAAUUCUGAGAGGAAGGAAGAAACUAGUUUAAGUCAAGCAAAAAGCCAUUUCCUAAUCUAUCAAUUUGAGAAUAAAAAAUGAAUGUGUUGCUAUGGAUCCAUUUGAUCUUAUUAAACUAGGUUAGGUCUGUCUAACAAUUCAGGAACAAAUUUCCAUCUGGUCUAUUUUGCAAUUGGGGCGCUGCUUCAUUUUUUUCUUUUUUCUUUAAAAAUGUAUUUUUUUUACAUUAGUCAGGAGCACAAAUCUUUCAUAAAAAUAUAAUAAAGGUUAGAAAUGAGAGGAGGCCAUCUAGUUUAUUUAAUUGCCAUUACACAGUUAAGCCACUAAAGAGUUUAGUGUACAUUUAUGUCAUGCGUCGCAGUCUUUUUAUCACUAUAUUGUUUUCAAAAUGCAUUUGAAUAAUUUAAGAAAUCUUUUCUUUUUUUACUACAUUUUUUAUUUCUAAAGUCCCAAGUUCUACUCAAUAGUGAGCACACUAUUUUUAGAGUGGCUCUGUUCCAUCAAUAUACAGUACUUCAUCAUCCUCACAGGUGCACCUUCAUUGGAGAAGAGUAUGAUUUUUCCCAUGGAAAUGUACUAAUAGUGGCUGUUACCUCACUAUUUCAUUCAGGAGCAUACAGUAUGUGAAAGUAUAUGCAUAUUGAAGCAUAAACCAAUUGCACUGGCAGUCACUCAAACUUAAUUUCAGGCUUACUUUGGUUUUAAGGUUUCUCAUCCUCAGUAGCUAAUGUCUUGUUUGGUCACAGUAUUUUUAAAUAUGCAGAUCAUAUCUGAAAUAAUCUUAUUAAAAACAUACCAGUAGUUUCUGCAUUGACUUUUCAGUUUAGCUAAUUUUGGAACCAUGCAAUUGUUCUCUAAAUUGCCAAAAUGUUCCUUUAUUGAAACUCAAUGGCUGAAACUAAGGGAAAACGGCAAGAACAUACAAAGGAUCUUCUGUCACUCUGGCUGCAUUGUAGCACACAGAAUUAAGGAAAAUAAAUAAAAUUCUGUAAGGAAACAGAAAAACAGGAAACUGAAGUAAGAGCUCCAAUUGAAGGGCUGCAGGGUAGUAUUCCUUAGAGGAUUCCGAUAAUAUUGGUGAGCUUUAGGAAAACAGCAAGAACUCAUUAGACUACUAGAGAAGGUAUUAAAAUGUAAUGCCUCAUCUUUUUAAAAUAACCCUUUUAAAACCUUAAUUGGAAAUUGCUUGAGUUUAAGGACAACACAUGGGGAGAGAAUUAAACAUGGAUCACAGGUCAGUCUCUGAAGGUUGUUUUUAUAACUCUGAUUAUUACUUUACAGCUGAUGGUCCUAAAUUAAAUUCCAAUGUGUGGUGCUUUCCAAAGCUUUAUAGCUGAGUCAAUAGAUUUGAUUAACCACGCUGUCAGUUAUCCAGACUAUGGAAGUGUGUCUGUCUUGUUAAUGCUGAGAUCAUUCAUCAAGCGUUCUUCCUAUUUAGGGUUGUCCACUCAUUAUUUCAUCAAUCCAGGAAUUACAUUCUAUAACCAAAGUGGUCAAAAUAGCAGACCCCUCUAAUUAAUUGGUAGUUUCGGGGAAAACAUAUUAAACUUUUUUAAUAGAAUUAUUUAAUAGAAUUCUCUCAUUGUCUUAACACUUGUGGUUAAUACCACGUAUCUGCCAAAAUAUCAAACUGCCAAACCUAACUACGAUGUAGAGACACAUUAGUAUGUGAUUCUUACAGAAAAUUAAUGGAAUUUCAAAUCUGCACACUGUUAACAGCUCCAAAAUAUUUUUAUGUUAGGAAUGCCACAACAGAAACAGGUUUUUGUGAUUUUUGC